ACUCUCUCUUUCACUUUCAGUUCGGGGUGGUGCUAAGUUUAAGGUUCGAGAGUACAAGUCGCUAUACAGCUUUCCCCACAUGUCACUACCCCAGUAAAGCAGAGCAGCGAUUCUCACGGACCCAUGUAAAAGAAAGAGAGAAAAAGACAGAGACUUUUUUUCCCCCACAAAAUGACUAAAAUCUUAAACAAAUAUUAUGAUGCUUUGCCAUAUUAGCUUCUGAAUUUGGAAUUAUAGAAGGGAAAGUAAAUAAAUUAAACACAUUGGUGUACACAUAGUAGCAGUUUCUUUGUUGUGUUUCUUUCACUGUAUAUCACAUUGUUUCUGGUUUGCUUUCUCUUUCUUCUCUUGUCUGUCCAUGGAGAAUGGUAGAGGAGCUUCUUCAUCAUGGUAUGCCUGUGUUCUCCUUCAUGUUCUCUCAGUAGGUGUGGUUGAUAAUGCUGCUGGCAACAAACCAAAACAAAUCCAGACAGAUGGCACUCCUAAGGUAAAAUUUAGAAGACAAGGCAGUCUGCUUCCUUCUGCUGCUUCUGCCCAAGACUUGAGAUGUUUAGACAUGGAAAAGGAAAAAGAAGAUGUGUCAUCUCCUAGAGGCGUUUUAGAAGCCUGCAUUAGAGGAUCAGAAUCUGAUGGUGGUUCUUCCAAAAACAGCUCUACUGAAAUUGAAAUCCGUGGCCCAAGUUCUAGUUGGAGCAGAUUCUUCAAAAUAUGGAAGAAAGGACCAAUUAAGCGCUUAGCCUCCUUCCCUCCUCUUGGUGUCCCAAAGAUAUCAAAAGGAAAAAGCAAGAGCUCAAGGGAAAAUUCAGAACUGAGUAAUUUACACAACAUCAAGUCUUCACUGGUGAACUUCAGCCUCUCUGAACUCCAAACUGCAACCCAAAAUUUUAGCAGUGAAAAUUUAAUUGGAAAGGGUGGUUAUGCUGAAGUUUACAAGGGUCGUUUGCAAGAUGGGAAGCUGAUAGCAGUAAAGCGGCUGACAAAGGGAACAGCUGAUGAGAGAACAUCAGGAUUUUUGUCUGAGCUUGGCAUUAUAGCCCACAUAGAUCAUCCUAAUACUGCUAAGUGGAUUGGGUGUGGCAUCGAAGGAGGAAUGCACCUUAUUUUUGAAUUAUCUCCACUGGGGAGCCUAGGAUCUCUUCUUCACGGUUCAACGGAUUAUAAACUAGAUUGGAGUAAAAGGUAUAAAAUUGCUUUGGGAACAGCAGAUGGUUUGUUGUAUCUUCAUGAGAGUUGUCAGAGGCGAAUCAUUCAUAGAGAUAUCAAAUCAGAUAAUAUUCUGCUUACAGAGGAGUUUGAGCCGCAGAUUUGUGAUUUUGGGCUUGCAAAGUGGCUACCCAAACAAUGGACUCACCACAGUGUACCAAAAUUUGAAGGCACAUUUGGCUAUUUUGCUCCUGAAUACUUCACGAAUGGCAUAGUAGAUGAGAAAACUGAUGUUUUUUCCUUUGGGGUUCUACUUUUGGAGCUUAUAACCGGGCGUCGAGCUUUGGAUCAGUUACAGCAAAGCCUUGUGAUUUGGGCCAAGCCUUGGCUUGAUAAAAAUGAUAUGAAGGAGCUUGUUGAUCCUUCUCUUGGUGAUAAUUACAAUACAGAAGAAAUGGAUCGUGUGGUUUUAACCGCCUCUAUGUGCAUUGAACAGUCUCCCAUCCUACGUCCUCGAAUGAAUCAGGUCGUGAUACUGCUAAGAGGUGAGGAAUUUGUAUCAAAUUGUUCAACAGGAUGUAAAAGGAGGUCAUUCCAAAGAACAUACUCUGAAGAGCUGUUGGAUGUACAGGAAUACAACUCAACAAAGUAUCUGAGUGACCUCAAACGACAUGAGCAGGUUGCUUUCAGUUCUUGAAAGCAAUAGAGAAAAAAACUAUGGUAUAUAGUAGGUAUAAAAGUUCCUGUAAAUCUUUUAAGGGAAAAAGGAGACCCAAAAAAAGUUCCUCAUGAUUUUGCAGUUCUGAGGGGUAUUUGGAAGUCCCAUGGAAAUGAAUUCAUAGUAUUGUUUUCCACUGCAUUUGAAAGCAAUAGCUCAUCCUUUAGACUGGGAUCAUUACCAACAGGGAAAGUGAUCAUCAAAUAUGUUUACGAACGUUGGGGUCUUUUGUAAACAGUCUCGAGUCUCAAGUGUGAUCAUUUCCAUAAACUGUUGUAUAGGUCUUAUUUCAAAUGUAAUGAAACUUGAACACCAGGAUUGGCUAGCUUCAAAUUCCAUGUAAAACAUUGUGGAAUGACUUCAUUUUCAAUGGACGCCCAAACAACCUUCUUUCAGUGU